AUGGAGUCGCCCGGAGGAUAUCCAGAGUCACCGCUGGACCAGGAUGAUGUCGUCUACCCGUGCAAGGGAUGCGGCGAGAUUCUCGAGGAAGGCAAGGCGUUCGAGCUAGCGGGAAACCGAUGGCACAUCGACUGCUUUCGCUGCAACACGUGCGGCACCCUCCUCGACUCGGACGCGAACCUGCUGCUCCUCGGUGACGGCUCGCUCAUAUGUAACAACUGUACAUACAGCUGCAACCACUGCGGCAACAAAAUUGAAGACUUGGCCAUCUUGACCGGAGACCAGGCCUUUUGUGCAAACUGCUUCCGAUGCAGGAACUGCAAGCGCAAGAUCGAGAACCUGCGAUAUGCCCGCACCUCGCAGGGUAUCUUUUGCAUGUCAUGUCAUGAAUCCUUGAUGGCACGCCGCCGAAAGAAAACCAAAAAGCCGCCCUCCUCCUCGGUCCAACCAAAAGUAGACAAGUCGUUGCCCGCAUUGCCUCCGAGCGCUGCCACCCAGUUCACCCCUGACAUUGAUACCCCGUCCGAUGUCUUUUCCGAGCCGACUACCACUGAUGUGUCUCCUAGGCCGCCGCAACCUAGGCGGAACGAAUCCUCACCUGCUAAUUUUAGGCGUGAAGCCUCCCCCGCUUCACAGAACGACGCCCGCAGGGACAAUGUGACAUUGCCUGCGAGCACCUACAGAGAAAACAACCACACAGAGGUGUCCGAUAAUGGCGAUGAGGACGGAACUCUGCUUCCCUUCGCGUUGGACCCAAAUCCCGCGCCUGGGCCAUCUCCUAUCAACAAUUCACAUAGUAGAGGAGCCGAUGCGAAGGCUGCUCGUGACUACUUCAACCGUCCCGUGGGUGGCCAUAGGGAAAUGCUCAAGGAGAACAGGUCUCGUUCCGCUUCUGCAGAGCGACAGCCGACGAGCCCCCAUAUUGCGUACCAGGAGAAGGGAAGGCAGCCCUCAGAGCAGCUUGUGGACACACUUCGGAAGCGAAAGGACGGCUCGAGCGACUCGCCUGCUGUCUCUACCGACCGUACACGCAGCCAGCAUGCGUCGCCUGCUCCAUCGCAAUCUGCAGAGGCUUUCAAGCUUCAAGAAGUGCCUAAGAAUAAGAGAGCGGAAGCGCGAAAGAACUCCACCGCUCGUUCGCCCUCGCGUGAUUCCACUGCCACGGAUCUGACUGGAAGGCUUGCUAAACCACCCACCGAGGCGAUUGGAAAGUCGCCCGCUCCUGUGGACACGAGCCGUGACGACUCGUCCACAACGUCGAGCUCAUCCUUCGGUUCAACCCAGCAACGACCCCCAGUCGAGCGACCAGCACGCGGCGAUUCGCUCGCCAAUUCUUCGAUGAAGUCAUCUACUGCAACAUCGAGGAAAGAGAUCUCCACAGCUUCUCCCACCACGCCUACACUGCCGCAGGCCGAGCGGAAGCCAUCUACCACCUCUUCGUACAGCCAGCAAAACGGUCUCUAUGGAAACGAUAGAGACAUGGACCCGCCAGGGCUACCUCAGCGCGCCCCAGGAAGACGCCCACCCCCCUCCACGGAUACGUUUGUGUCACCGCGCGCACCUCCUCAACCCCCACCGGCACCACAGAACCACAAAACAUCCGAAUCCGUGGGUACCAUGCAUAGCGAUGGCUCCAAUACGACCUACUCGGCUGGCGGGCUACCUCGCUAUAGUGCGCAGGGUGAUUUCUCCAUGGAUGAGGAUUUUGCGCGUUUGCUUUCGCAUCAGGAAGGUCAUGAAAAAGAAGGUGGUAUGUUAAGAAAAGUUUCCAAUGCCGUCAAAAGCCAUGGCCGGAGUCAUAGCGACCGCGGCUCGAUCACCUCUCGUGGACAUGGACAUAAAAAAUGGCCCACUAAUGGCUCCAUAGACAUCAGCAGCCCGACCAUUGCGUCGCCGAACUCUAAUGAGGAGGCCGUGAAUCUAAGGAAUGAACUUCGCCGUGCGCAACAAAGAAUCGCUGAACUCGAGGCCGAGAAGAAUGGCUUGCAGGAGACCGUGCACAGCGCUGCCGAUAUUAAACAAGCCAACACAAUGCUGAGAGAGAAACGCAACACAAUGGCCGUUCUCGACACCCAGCGUGAGAUGGUCAUUCGCGAGUUGGAAAUCAUGACCGAGCACCUUAAGAAAGCCAAAGAAAACAGCGGGUCCACCAUGGAUAUAAAUCAGCUCAAGUCGGACAUCUUGCGAGAUUUUGCAAAUUCGCUGCAGAAGCUGAAGGACCAGCUCGGUGGCCAGAUCGAGGAACUCAUUUCAAAACGCACGGCCCUCACCGACGAAAUAUCCAAUUUGAUUCAGAUGAAGGACAAAGGUUUCCAAGAGUAUGAGUCUUUGAGCGCCCAGAACAAGAAGCUUGCCGAUAUGAACCAAAACCUCAUUGAGCAAAUUCAAUCAACACUCAAGACCAACAAGCAGCACAUUGGCAAUCAGUCAAUUGAUGCUGCACGGUCGCCGGCGAAUGGUUUGGGCAUUUAUAGUGCCAACUACAAAGGUGGAAAGUCUGAUAUAUCUGUCGACGCCCGCGAGGUCGUCCAUGAGCCAUCGUAUUCCAAUCUGCACGAAGCAGACAGCGAAGCCACCCUGGCGCAACCACAGGUCGUUAACAUCCGCAAGACCGGAAAGGCCACCAAAUUCUCUAACUGGAAGAAGGGUGGCCAAGCAAUCACGAAGAAUGUCACCAAAGGCUUCAAAGGAGCGUUCGGUCCAACCGAAACGAAACCAGCGGAAGAGAUGAACAUUAAAGUCAUCGGCACUCCGUACGGAUCUACACACACACAGCCAGACUUUGCAUCGAUGACGACGAUGACGAGCUCGCUUAAGAGCCGAGAAGAGGCUCCCCCACGAGGCUGGUUUGGCGCCGGCAAGGCUCCUACAAACAAUCCCAGAGACAGGGCGAAGCCGACGCAGCAUGAGAACAGCAGCACGCACCAGGUCGACGCUUCAGUAUUGUUCGGUUCGGAUCUAAUCGAGCGAUGCGAGUACGAGAAGAGGAUGCUUCCUGCAAUCGUCAGCCGCUGCAUCGAAGAAGUCGAAACCCGAGGAAUGGAUGUUGAGGGUAUCUACCGCAAGAGCGGUGGUUCCUCUCAGGUCAACCAUUGCAAGAGUGGAUUCGAAGCCAACGACGAAUUCGACAUCUCGGAUCCCGACCUGGACAUUCAUGCCGUGACCUCGACUUUGAAGAACUACUUCCGCCGUCUACCGACCCCUCUGAUCACGUACGCACACUACGACCAAUUCUUGGACGCUGGUGUGAUUGAGAAUCCAGAGCAACGAGCAAGGGCCUUGCGUGCUGUGCUCAAGGAGAUUCCUCGUCCGCAUUACGACACGCUCCAAUUCUUGAUUUUCCAUCUGGCUCGCGUCAUCCAACACUCCAAGGACAACCUGAUGACACCGCUCAACCUCGCUGUGGUUUUCGCCCCGACGAUUAUGCGUCCGACGGAUAUAAACCGAGAGUUGACCGACAUGCAAACACAGAGAAACGCCGUCCAGACGCUUCUCGAAGACCACAAGAACGUCUUCUUCGAUGAGGACUAG